AUGGAGGGUGUUGGCGAGGACCCUACCAUCUUCACCACCCGUUCUCUGCCCUCGGACCCCCGGCUCUUCGCCACUGUGACCAACACGUACCUGGGCACCCGUGUGUACCAUGACAUCCUGCAUGUGAGUGGUACAUACAAUGGAGCUCAGGGGCACACGCACCGGGCGGUUCUGCCCAGUCCCCUGAACGUGCAACUGGAGGCCUCAGACACAGCAGAGCAGCUGACCCAGACCUUUGCCCUGGACACCAACACAGGCUCCUUCCUGCACACCCUGGAGGGGCCCCGCUUCCGGGCAUCCCAGCGCAUAUACGCCCACCGCACGCUGCCUCAUGUCCUGGCCUUUAGCGUGGCUAUCACCCGUUUGGCGGAGGACGAGCUCCCGAUCACUGUGCUGCUGAGGACACCCUUCACUCCAGAAAGCCCAGACCUCGACCUUCGUCCCGGCCCUGACUUCCAGGGUGCUCGGUACCUGCACGGCCGUACACUCACGCCAGAGCAGCCGGGUGGGGAGAGGCAGGAGGUGCAUAUGCUGUGGACCCCUGUGCCAUCCUCGCUGACUCUCGGCGAAGGUGAGGAAGAAGGAGCCUGGGAGUUCCUGACGGUGGUGGGCAGCAGCCGUGCCGAGGCCCAGGCCUGCCUCAGCGAGGCCCAGCAGUUGCAGGCUGGGGGGAGCCUGUAUUCAGCCCAUGCCCAGGCCUGGGCCCAGUUCUGGGCAGACUGUGGUCUGGACGUGGCAGGGGACCUGCCCCUGCGCCAGGCUCUUCGUGGAGCCCUCUACUACCUGCUCAGCGCCCUGCCCCAGCCGGGGACCCCCGGGUACGCCUGCCACGGCCUCAGCCCAGGCGGCCUCUCCAAUGGCAAUCGGGAGGAGUGCUACUGGGGUCACGUCUUCUGGGACCAGGAUCUCUGGAUGUUCCCCAACAUCCUCCUCUUCCACCCCAAGGCCGCCCGGGCUCUCUUGCAGUACCGCAUUCGGACCCUGAGUGGCGCUCUAGAGAACGCCCGGACACUAGGCUACAAGGGAGCCAAGUUCGCCUGGGAGAGUGCCAGCUCUGGUCAGGAAGUCUGCCCUGAGGACAUCUACGGAACCCAGGAGAUCCACGUGGAUGGGGCCGUGGCGCUGGCCUUCCAGCUCUACUACCAGAGCACCCAGGACCUGCAGCUCUUCCGAGAGGAUGGCGGCUGGGCUGUGGUCAGUGCCGUGGCCGAGUUCUGGUGCAGCCGUGUGGUGUGGAGUCCGGAGGAGGAGAAGUACCACCUGCGGGGGGUCAUGCCUCCUGACGAGUACCACUCGGGGGUCGACAACUCCGUGUACACCAACGUAAUGGCCCAGAACAGCCUGCGCUUUGCUGCCGCCCUGGCUCAGGACCUGGGUCAGCCUGUCCCCGACCAGUGGCUGGAGGUGGCCGAGAGGAUCAAGGUGCCUUUCGACCCGCAGCAGAAUUUCCACCCCGAGUUUGAUGGCUACAAGCCUGGAGAGGAGGUGAAGCAGGCGGACGUGGUGCUCCUGGGCUACCCGGUGCCCUUCCUGCUGAGCCCUGAGGUGCGCAGGAAGAACUUGGAGAUCUACGAGGCCGUGACUUCUCCCCAGGGCCCUGCCAUGACCUGGAGCAUGUUUGCCGUCGGCUGGAUGGAGCUGAAGGAGCCUGGCCGGGCCCGGGACCUCCUGGACAGGAGCUUCGCCCAUAUCUCAGAGCCUUUCAAGGUGUGGACGGAGAAUUCCGAUGGCUCCGGGGCCGUGAACUUCCUGACGGGCCUGGGGGGCUUCCUGCAGGCGGCUCUCUUCGGCUUCUCGGGCAUCAGGAUCACUGGCUUGGGUCUGACCUUCGACCCCCUGUGCCCAGGAGGGGUCUCCGGGGUGCACAUCUCUGGCGCCCACUACUUGGGGAGCAGAUUUGACUUCUCCUUCUCUGAGAGCUCUGUGAGCAUUCGGGUCACAGGCCAGGACGGGCUCUGGGUGCCCCCACUGGAGGUCCAGCUAUGGCCGUCCCAGGCCCGGUUCCCUCUGCCUCCAGGACACACGGUCUCCUUUCCUUGCUCCGCUGGCCGGAUACAGAGGUCACUUCCUGGGGAGGCUGCACAGCCGAUGGCCCCCAAAGACCAGAAGGCUGCCUCGAGUCUGCAGCGUCCCCUGGGACCCCACACUGAGUGGCCAGGCUCAGCCAUGGGCCACAGAACAGGCCUCAGGAGUCUUGGCUCAGCCACACAGGGCGUGUGCACGGCCUGGCAACCCUUCUCUGUCAAGAUCCACAGUGCAGCAGGGAAGGGGUUGACGAAUGAUAUCGGAAAAUGUCCUCGGCCCCCAGUACGAACCUCAGUAAGCGAAGGCUGA